AUGUCACCGGGGUUUUUCCACUCAUCUUUUGUCCUGAUCGACGGCAUUGCGUCGGAGGCCCACUGUGAUACUGCCAACUCGGACCUCCCCAAUGUGGUCAUUCCCAUUUCUUGUUUUUCCGGUGGUGAGUUGCGGGUUGCGCACCCCUCCGGGGCUGAUGUGAUGAUGCAUGAUGGCGUCAAGCACUCGGCCGUCUCUCUUCCUGUGUGUCGCGGCCCCGUGAUCUUCACUGCAUCGUCUUGCCUUCAUGAAGUUCUGCCCUUUGAAGGCCGCCGUCUGGUUCUAGUGGGUUACACACUUCGAGCUUGUGAGUCGCUGGCUGCCGAUACUUCCGCCCGCCUUUCCUCCCUAGGGUUUAGGCCUCCUUCCCCUUCGGUCGUGACUGGUGCUUUGCCCAUUGCACCUCGUGCUCUUGCACUCACUGAGGAGCAGCGGGACUUGCUCCCUCGGCCAAAUUCUGUCAGUGCGGUCGCUUCUGGCCACCACCUCCGGACAGGGAUUUCCCCUGACUUGCCUCAGUUGCCUAUUUCUGACUUCGUCUCUGACUGCAAUUCGGGGCGUUUCUUUCUGGAUGUCUGUUCCGGGGCUGGGGCUCCUGUCAGCGCGGCCAUGCAAGCCUUGGGCAAGGACUGCUUUCAACCAGUCGACAUCAUUCAUUGCCAGGAUUUCGACCUUCUGGAGGAUGAAUUUUUCGCUCAACUCCUGGCGCUCUGCUCCAGCGGCGUGGUGGGAGCGGCUAUUGCAUCUCCGCCCUGCGGGGAAUUCAGCCUUCUCAAACUGCGACCGGGUGGACCACCCCCGUGCCGCACACCGGAGGAGCCGCUCGGGUGCAUUUCCAACGAUUGGCAUCAAUCUAUGGUGGCUCAGAACAGUGCUCUACUUCACGAUCGAUGUCGAGAGCUUCUCUCCAGUGUCGCGGCUCUUGGAGGCUGCAUUGUUUUUGAGCAGCCGCCAUCUUCCAUGACUUUCUUGACGGAAACAAUGCAACAGUGGAUUUCCAGCACACUUUCAUUCGGUGCCCAAGUUGCAGCUUGUCAUCACGGCAUGGAUGUGUCCAAGCGCUGGCUCUUCUUGUCCAACAGGCCGGAUAUCCUUGACCUCGCGUCGGAGUGCCAUCAUGGAUCCAGGGCGCACAAGGCUGUGUGGGGGGUUCGUGCAGCUGAUGGGAGUUUCCUUAGCCGAAUGACGGCUGCGUACCCGAAAUCGCUGGCGGCCGCUUUGGCUGCGCUUCUGGGAAGGUACACUUCGUCUCAGGGCCGGCUGCUUCCAUGCGCAGAGUGGCGCUCUGUGCUCCCCAUGGACCCUGUUUGGCCUCAGCUGAGUCGCCGCGUUGAGGAUGGUGCGGGUGUCAACAGUACAGCGUGCUGGAUUACUCCACAAGCCGAUGACCACCUUGCAGGUCUUCGCAAGAAGUGGACGCAGCGUCUGGUCGACAGUCGUCUCUGUCUCCGCAUCUGUUCCACUUUGCGUGCUGGUACCGAUUGUCCACCUAUCAGCGCGGAGGAACUUCAGCCAUUUCUCGAUGAUCUGUGUUGCUUUUGUGAGGUCCCUGAAUCGGAGAUCGAGAAUUUUCUAUCGAUCCCACCGGGACAGCCUUUCCGCUUGAACGUCCUGGAGAAGCUGCUGGCUCUUACCAAAGACCCUGAAUCGGAUCUAUGCCAGCAUCUACGGAAAGGGGUGCGGAUAGGUGUGGACCACGAACUGCAGCCCUCGCCUCAUUGGCCACUUCGCACAGCAGAUCCGGUCGUGUCGGACCUCGUGAUUUGCGAAGGCUCUUGGAAGAGUGCCUCCGACCACCCGGAUCAGGUCCGGGAGCUCCUGGCCCAGGAAAUCGCUGAAGGCUGGAUCGUGGAGAGACCUUCGGUUCAGUACCUGCACGAUAACUUCCCGGCGGUGGCUAUCGGCAAACUUGGCUUGGUUCUGGCUGAAGGCCGUCAACCUUGGAUCACGAUUUCCUUGGAUGUGCGCAAGGCUCACCGCAUGGUCAUGGUGGAAUACUGUGACCAGGCUUUGCUGGCCUUCACCUUCGAGGGAAGGGUUUUUACGUCCAGCACCCUUAAUUUCGGGGCCCGAGCUUCCGCUUUUUGGUGGGCCAGAGUUGGUGGAGCCCUACUUCGUCUGUCGCACGCAGCGAUCUGGCUUUCACAUCUGCUUUGGGGCUACGUGGACGAUUUUCUGGGAGGCUUUCGCGGCGAUGUGGCUCCGAUCUCUGCCUCCAUCUGGAUUCUCCUGCUCUUAGCACUGGGAGUACCACUUUCUUGGCCAAAGUGUGUCUGGUCGUCGGAGUGCAUUUGGAUUGGAUGGUCCAUCAAUCUUGAAAGUUGGAUUUGUGAGCUCCCGUCUGCUAAAAUUUCCAAAAUUCUUGAUCAAAUCGCUGAGCUUCUUUCUGCUGGGGACAAGGUCAGGUUCAAGACUUUGGAAUCACUCAUUGGACGUCUCUUGUGGGUUACAGGCUUGUGGACGGUGCUUCGGCCUUUGCUGUCCCCACUUUAUGCAGCUCUGCAGCGCUUACCAGCUUCCUCGGUUGGUGUCAGCCCUGAGUUAUGGGCUGCGAUCAAGCGCAACAUUGCUGAGGAUUGUGUGCUGACCCGCUCGGUUGGACAUCCGUCCUUCCAUAAAGGUGCUUGCAUCACUCGUGCGGCCAAUACCUUUGUGUCUUGCAAGCAGGAUCUUGAUCAGGUGCCUUUCAGGAAGCGCCGAUUGUGGGUCGAGGUUAAGGAUCCUGGGCAUCCACUGCGAGUCCUCGGGGAUGUCGGCAGGUCAAGCUUAAUUGCUUGGCGUGCCAUCUUCCAGGGAACCCCAUUCUUGAAGGCGCUUCGCAGCCCGCUCCCUUUGAAGGUCAUUGCGGAGGCGGAUGCUUUUGCAGAUGCGGACGUGUCUGGGCUAGGAGGCUACGCCAUGUGGCCCAGUGGUCGCACUGUCUGGUUUUCCAUUAGAAAAGACAGUCAGGAGUGGGCUGCUCUCACUUCGUGGUUUCCUCCGCCCCUCCAGACACAUAUUUCGGCGUUGGAACUCCUGGCUCAAUUACUGCUGCUUUGGUGUGUCUUCGCCACUCUGCCUUCCAAUCGUGGACUAUGUCGGGCUUGCCUUCGUUCGGACAACUCCGGUGCGGAGGCCUGUGCCUCCAAGGGCCUUUCAUCGGUGCUGUCCAUGAGCGAGAUUGUGAAGAAGUUCCUUGCGUUUCAGGCGUGGUCUGGUGUACAGGCUGAGAUCGAGCAUGUACCUGGGUAUCGCAAUGAACUUGCAGAUGCGCUCAGCCGGCUUACGCCGAACGACAUUGCACCACUGCCCUUGGGUGACCGGGUGCAUCCGCCUCUGCAAUGGCUUCUUGAGCAGCGGCUCUUUCUUGAACCAGCUUCGGCCUCGUGGCCGCCUCCUUUCAAGACUUGGAUGAGUAGACCCUGA